UUGAAACAAUGGACAACAGUCCUCUGCAGGUGUUGACUGUCCCUACAGCCCCCUACCCAGACCAGCGACCUGGCACCAAUGGCCUGAGGAAAAAGGUCUAUGUAUUUCAGUCCAGGAGGAACUACCUGCACAACUUCGUCCAGAGUAUCUUCUCUUCCAUUGACCUACGUGAUCGACAGGGUUCAACCAUGGUGGUGGGGGGAGACGGACGCUUCUUCAAUCGGACAGCUAUUGAGGUCAUUGUGCAGAUGGCAGCUGCCAACGGGGUGGGUCGUCUGAUCAUUGGACACUAUGGGAUAAUGUCCACACCGGCCAUCUCCUGUAUGAUCAGGAAAUACAAAGCCAUCGGAGGUAUCAUUCUCACUGCCAGCCACAAUCCCGGUGGACCCGAUGGAGACUUUGGCAUUAAGUUUAAUACUGCAAAUGGAGGCCCAGCCAAUGAAGCUGUCACAAACAAGAUCUUUCAGGUCAGCAGGACAAUUGAAGAGUUUGCCAUCUGCCCUGGACUACAAGUGGAUCUGACAACCAUGGGAAAGCAGACCUUUGAUCUGGAGAACAAGUUCAAACCAUUCACAGUGGAAAUUGUGGACUCUGUGGAGUCCUAUGCUAACAUGCUGAGGAACAUCUUUGACUUUGCCACCCUGAAGGAGCUUCUGUCUGGCAAGAACCAUCUCAAGAUAAGACUAGAUGCCCUGCAUGGAGUGGUAGGACCAUAUGUGAGGAGAAUACUGUGUGAUGAGCUGGGUUGUCCUGCCAGUUCUGCCAUUAACUGUGUCCCUAAGGAGGAUUUUGGGGGUCAACACCCAGAUCCAAACCCCGUAUAUGCUACAGAUCUGGCUGACAACAUGAGAGAUGGACAGUAUGAUUUUGGUGCAGCAUUUGAUGCUGAUGGGGACCGGAAUAUGAUCCUUGGUAAACAUGGCUUCUUCGUCACCCCGUCUGACUCCGUGGCUGUGAUUGCUGACAACAUUUUUUGCAUCCCGUACUUUCAGCAUGCGGGGGUGAGAGGUUUUGCUCGUAGUAUGCCCACAAGCGCGGCAUUAGACAGAGUAGCCAAGGCAACAAAAAUUGAGCUGUAUGAAACUCCCACUGGCUGGAAGUUCUUUGGGAACCUCAUGGAUGCAGGCAUGCUGUCUUUGUGUGGAGAGGAAAGCUUUGGUACAGGUGGAGACCACAUUCGUGAGAAGGAUGGGCUUUGGGCUGUGCUGGCAUGGCUGUCUAUCUUGGCCACCAGAAAGCAGAGCGUAGAAGAUAUAGUUAAGGACCACUGGCUAAAAUAUGGAAGAAACUACUUCACCAGGUAUGACUAUGAGAAUGUAGACAUAGAUGCAGCAUGUGAGAUGAUGGAGGAUUUGGAGAUCACGAUCACCGACAAAUCCUUUGUGAAGCAAAGAUUUGCCGUGGAAGACAAAAUCUACCAGGUAGACAAAGCAGACAACUUUGAGUAUGCCGACCCAGUGGACGGCACCAUUUCCAGGAACCAGGGGCUGCGGAUAAUCUUCUCUGAUGGUUCUCGAAUCAUCUACAGACUCAGUGGGACCGGUUUCGAUGGGGCAACAGUUCGGAUCUAUCUCGACAGCUAUGAGAAAGAACAUGUUUUUGGGGAUACGCAGGUGAUGCUGGCACCCCUCGCCACCAUUGCUCUAAAGAUUUCUCAGCUUCAUCACAGGACAGGUCGAACUGGUCCGUCAGUCAUUAUAUGAUUCCUUAUGCGUUUUUCAAGA